CUGCCUCCAUCCGCCACCACACGCCGCCACUGAGCCUCCAGACCAUCACCACCGCCCGCCACCGCCCUCAACAAUCGCGCCACCGGCCCGCCGCCACCACUUGCCACGGUCUGCCACCGCCCGCCGCCAGCGAUGCCCGAGACCCUCGCUGCUCGCGCCUGGUCGCUGCUGCUGCUGCUGGGCACCCUCCUUGGCGCGGCCCUUGGCGCACCCCAGCCCUGGCGCUGCGCACCCUGCUCCGACGAGAAGCUGGCGCUCUGUCCUCCAGUGCCCGCCUCUUGCCAGGAGAUCGCCCGGCCGGCCGGCUGCGGCUGCUGCCCGACGUGUGCCCUGCAGCUGGGCGCGGCAUGCGGCGUGAACACCGCACGCUGUGGCAGCGGGCUGAGCUGCCGCGCGCUGCCCGGGGAAUCACGACCCCUACACGCCCUCACCCGCGGCCAGGGCUCCUGCGUGCCUGAGCUGGACUAUGCCGGUACCCCUCCAAACCCUGAGAGUGAGGAGAUGACACAGGAGCAGCUCCUGGACAGCUUCCACCUCAUGGCCCCUUCUGAUGAGGCAGAGUCCAUCCUCUGGAACGCCAUCAGUACCUACCAGAACAUCAAGGCUCGCAAGACCACAGACAUCAAAAAAUGGAAGGAGCCAUGCCAAAGACAACUCUACAAAGUACUGGAUAGAUUAGCCAAGGCUCAACAGAAGGCUGGAGAAGAAAUUUACAAAUUUUAUCUGCCAAACUGCAACAAGAAUGGAUUUUAUCACAGCAAACAAUGUGAGACGUCCCUGGAGGGCGAGCCUGGGCUCUGCUGGUGUGUGUACCCGUGGAGUGGAAAGAAGAUCCCAGGGGCCCCGGAGGUCAGGGGAGACCCCCACUGCCAUCAGUAUUUUAGUUUACAAAACUGAACGUAAAUGCAGUGUCACAUGUUACUUCACGCAAAAUAUUUAAGUAUAUAUAGUAUAUUUAUUCUCUAGGACACACAUACACUUUUAUAUAUAUAUAUAUAUGUAUAUGUAUAUAUAUAUAGGA